AUGUCUGAUCGUCGUGCUAAGCGUAACGAAGAUAUUAUUUCUGCUCAAAACGCUAUCAAGCGCUGGAUACUUGAGCUUGGCUGGCAGAAUGCGAGCUACGUACAUGAACCUGGUCGUGGCCCUGACAAUGGCCUUAUUGGAUUUUGGUGCGAUGCUCUAGAGCGCAUUGCGGCCACCGAUACGCAGUUUAGAGCCACUUAUGGUUCCCGUUUUCAUCGAUUCCAAAUCCCCUCAACCCCAACCUCUGGCCAUCGUAGCCGUCGUCGUGGACCUAAUGUCCCUACUAUUCCCAUUCCUUUCCCUAGCCUUGGGCCUACCACGGGUGUUUCUAAUGGAGGUAACGUGGGUAGUGCCAAUGAGGAUGAUAGAGAAACUAGUAGUUCUAGUGCCUUUGAGAGCAUGGCCUAG